GCGGGCUUUAAGUUGUUGAUGAAAGAAAAAUUCGUAUGUAAUGUUUUUGUUUGGACUUUCUGUGAAUGGGUAGCCAUGGAAGAACAUUUCAGGAACUUUAUUUAAUUGAUAAAGUUACAUUGGGAAGUAUGUGGCUCUGAAUUAGAAAUCUCUCGAAAAAGUUAAGGUUGUAAACAUAUCCAUAAUGAAUAUAAUAUAUGAACGUUUUUGUUUGUGGUUGGGACAUUUGAAACUAUCACGUGUAAUAAUAUUGGUCUCGGUGAUAUUAUUUGUUGUGCCACUUUUUACGCACUACUAUUUAUCAAAGUAUGAAUCAAUGUCAAUAUCACAGGGUGACAAUGCUUUGAGGUACAAUCUCGAGGCAUUUAGUGAUAUAUCCACUAAGAAUGUUGCGGAUCUCAAAGUUAGAAUAGAAGAAAUGUUAAGAAUAAAGGCAUCAGUAUCAACAGAACUCCGAGAGCUAGAGGCAAAACGAGGUCGCUUACAACGUGAGGCUGCAGCGGCAAGCUCAAAAGCAGAUAAUGCAAAAGCAGAGUAUGUAAGAGCAGCUGCAGAAUUACAAAGGCUCAGAGUGUCAGCUGAUCAAGCGCGACUGGCCCAGUUAGAAGCAAUACGUAGGGAUUCGCCUGAACUUGCACCACCUAUUCAAAUAGUGCCGUUACAACCGCCAUCAAUUCUUCCUUCCUUAAGUCCCAGCAAUGAAAUAAAUUGUAGAAUGUUUUCAUGUUUUGAUCACUCACGAUGUUCCCUUACUUCGAGCUUCCCUGUAUAUCUUUAUGAUCCCGAUAUAUACACUCCAUUAACUGGUGCAGAAGUAGAUGGGUUUCUUAAAACUACUUUACGUCAAACUUUAGGAUAUAAUGCUCAUCUGACACAUAACCCAAAUGAGGCCUGUAUUUACCUUAUUAUUGUAGGAGAAUCUUUUCCAUUUACCAAAGACACUACUACUGUCUCAGACUCCUACAAACUUUAUCUCAAUGGGUCAGCUAUUACUACCUUACCUUACUGGGGUGGCGAUGGGCGUAACCAUGUGUUAUUGAAUUUAGCCCGACGUGACUUAUCUGUCGGUUCUGGUGAUGCUUUUAGAGGAGCAUCCACAGGAAGAGCCAUGCUAGCUCAAUCUACAUUUACGCACAAUCAUUUUAGACCAGGUUUUGAUGUAAUCACACCACCGGCACUAGGCCCUCCGGGUGGUGAUGUUUGGGCAGAUUGUGCGCCUAUAUCUCCCGCAAGAAGAAAGUACUUGCUCAGUUUUCAGGGUUUACAACCACCGCCUAAAGGAUUAGACAAGGAUCAAGAUGGAACGUUGAUAUCAUUGCUAGAAAAAAUGGUGAAAACAGCACCAGCGUCUGAUGUUUUUUUUCUGCAGUUCGAAUGUGAUCCUCCAGUGGAGAAACGCGUAACUUUGCCGAUAGGCGAUUGGGCGCUUUGUGGAACGGAUAGAUCGAGGCGUGCCGUAUUGCGUGAUUCCACUUUUGUACUCAUACUUGCGCCUGCUGAUCGAAAUUACGUUACAACAGCUCUACUACAGGCUAGAUUGUAUGAAGCGCUCAGAUCUGGUGCUAUACCUGUCGUCCUAGGCGGUGACAGAAUUCGUCUGCCAUACGAAGAGGUAUUGGAUUGGAAACGCGCCGUAAUCUUACUGCCGAAAGCGCGGGUCACGGAAAUGCAUUUUUUAAUGAGAUCUUUUCCCGACGCCGACCUUUUAGCUCUACGAAGACAGGGUAGAGUACUUUGGGAAAGAUAUUUGAGUUCAGUUCAGGCCAGCAUUGAUUCAUUGUUGGCAACUAUUCGCACCCGCUUACACAUUCCGCCAAAACCAGUGCCUCAUACCGUCGGGUUGCCGGCUUUUAAUGACUCAUACUUUCCUCCUCGAGUAGAGCCAGCCGCGGUCGACGCAGAGCCCGAGGAGACGCUAGGUCCGCUGGAGGCUCCGUAUUCGAGCCCAACAUAUCAGCGAAAUUUCUCCGUCGGCCUGUUGCACGGAUACGAAUUAUGGAACGAGUGGGGUGAACCUUUCGCUCUGUAUCCACAACUACCGUGGGAUCCGACGGUGACGUCUGAAGCUCGUUUCUUGGGGUCGGCGGCGGGUUUUCGGCCCGUGGGCGCUGGGGCUGGCGGUUCGGGACGCGAAUUUAGCGAAGCUCUGGGUGGAGAUCGACCUCGCGAACAAUUCACCAUAGUCAUCCUCACGUAUGAACGCGAGGCGGUUUUAGCAGCAGCACUGGCACGAUUACGCGGUCUUCCAUAUCUGAAUAAGGUAGUUGUGGUGUGGAAUGGUCCUUCGAGCGCAGGAGCGGGUUCUUGGCCGGAGAGCGGCGCGCCGGUGGCGGUGGUGCGUGGCUCGCGGAACUCCCUCAACAACCGUUUUCUGCCCUACCAGCUGAUCGAAACCGAGGCCGUACUGUGCGUUGACGACGACGCGCAUCUACGACACGACGAGAUCAUAUUCGCGUUCCGCGUCUGGCGCGAGCAUCGUGAUCAGAUUGUGGGCUUUCCCGGUCGCUACCACGCCUGGGAUCUUAAUUUUAAUAAUGGAUUCCUCUACAAUUCGAACUAUAGCUGUGAGCUAAGCAUGGUGUUGACUGGAGCGGCGUUCGUCCAUCGCUACUACUUAUGGGCGUACUGGCGAGUACUGCCCGCCGCCAUGAGAGAUUACGUCGACGAAUAUAUGAACUGCGAAGACAUUGCGAUGAACUUCCUAGUUGCUCACAUCACUAGGAAGCCUCCCGUAAAGGUGACGUCACGAUGGACGUUCCGAUGUCCCGGUUGUCCGGUUACGUUGUCAGCCGAUGAAACACAUUUUCACGAACGUCACAAAUGCAUACAAUUCUUCACACAGGUAAUGGGUUACACGCCGCUGUUGUCAACGCAAUUCCGAGCUGAUUCGGUACUAUUCAAAACGAGGAUACCGCACGACAAACAGAAAUGUUUCAAGUUCAUAUAGAACACCGAAUUAUUAGCUAAAUUAUAAAGUCGUCCUGCUCUGAGUUCAUAGUCUAAUUAUUAUAUUUUUG